AGACACCCAGAUACCAAAGAGCCGGGAAGCCCGAAGCGGCUGGUUUUGCAAAGCGCUCCCCGCCACAGCUUCGCUGCCUGCCCAGCACGGGGUAGGGUCUAACGAUCGAUUUUAUUUGAAAAUCUUUUGUAUACACUUUUUUUUUCUCCGCUUGGAAAGGGGAAGGGCGCGCAUUUGUUGGAGAAUCCCCAGAACAGGGCUGGCCGGAGCGGGUGGGGAUCCUGCAGAAAGAAUCGGCCUGCCCACCCGAGUCCUUUGCCUGGGGAGCUGGACAGACCGAGUUGGGCUGAGCCGGGCCGGGCCGAGCCCGGCCGGGAGGAGCGCGAAGGGGUCGGGCCACCGGAGUAUGGGACGGGCAGCGGCGUCUGCUCUCAGCGCCUCUGACCUGCGGUUUUCCAGAACCUGAAGCUUCCCAGGGUGGUGAGGGGAAAAGACUGGAGAUUUCAGCACUCUCCUCACCUCCACCCGCCCCCACACUCUGAAGAUUAAGCCCCCCUCCUUUUUUUUUUUGUUUGCUUUUUUUGUUCACGACAAUUGCAAAUAAGUUAAGGAAAAAAGAAAAGCCACUUCUGGAUUCCUGGUUGUGAUUGUGAAGUUACCUCGCAUCUCCGCCCGACCUCAGGACAGCCAUUGGGCCACUGACACUGGGAGCUGGCUUCAUGACCAGUCCUUCAAAUAGGACUUCCUCUGGGCAAGAUGAGGAAAAAAUUCCCACUGGCUGGAGAAGUGGAGGCCCAGGCCUGGGCCUGACCCUGCAUCAUUCUGAAGGGUACUUGACAGUGGACAGUUUUAAAGGAGCCCAUGAGAGGCUCGUAGCCUUCACAGCAGAUAGUACAGAGAAGAAGGCAGCGACGAUGCCAGACUCACCGGCUGAGGUGAAGACGCAGUCCAGAUCGACCCCACCCAGCAUGCCACCCCCACCUCCAGCCGUCACCCAGGGAGCCACACGCCACCCUUCCUUCACACCAAACACAAAUCGAGAAGAUGGGCCUCCUACGUUUCUGCCCCCUGGCCGCUUCCAUGGCUGCUUGAAGUGGUCUAUGGUCUGUCUUUCUAGAGCGAGCGAGAAAGCGAGUGCGAGCGGGAGCGAACCUGAGCAGGCACGGGAGAGGCAGGGCUGCUGGCUUCCAGGACGACCCAAACACGGCGGGCAAGUGAUGAAUGGAAGUAGCCAUUCCCCAACGGCGAUUAACGGAGCCCCAUCGACCCCCAACGGGUUCAGCAAUGGCCCAGCCACCUCUUCUACAGCCUCACUGUCCAACCAGCAGCUCCCACCAGCCUGUGGUGCACGACAGCUCAGCAAACUCAAACGUUUCCUUACCACACUGCAGCAGUUUGGGAAUGACAUCUCCCCUGAGAUUGGGGAGCGGGUCCGCACCUUGGUGCUGGGGCUGGUGAAUUCUACCCUGACAAUUGAGGAGUUCCAUUCCAAACUCCAAGAAGCCACCAAUUUUCCUCUGCGUCCAUUUGUCAUUCCCUUCCUGAAGGCAAACCUGCCCUUGCUACAGCGGGAGCUCCUGCACUGCGCCCGCUUGGCCAAGCAGACCCCCGCCCAGUACCUGGCCCAACACGAGCAGCUCUUGCUGGAUGCCAACGCCUCUUCUCCCAUCGACUCCUCCGAGCUUCUCCUGGAAGUCAAUGAGAAUGGCAAGAGGAGGACACCAGACAGGACCAAAGAGAAUGGGUUAGACCGAGACCCACUGCACCCCGAACACCUCAGUAAACGGCCAUGCACCCUGAGCCCUGCCCAGAGGUACAGCCCCAACAAUGGGCUGAGUCAUCAACCCAAUGGGCUGCCCCACCCCACACCUCCCCCACCUCAGCACUACCGCCUCGAGGACAUGGCUGUAGCCCACCACUACAGGGACCCAUACAGGCCCCCUGACCCCCGAGAGCUGCGGGAGCGCCAUCGGCAAGUUGCUGUGCAUGGCUCCCGGCAGGAAGAGGUGAUUGACCACAGGCUCACAGACCGAGAGUGGGCAGAGGAGUGGAAGCACCUCAACAAUCUCCUGAACUGUAUCAUGGAUAUGGUGGAAAAGACUCGGCGUUCUCUCACGGUGCUGCGCCGAUGCCAGGAGGCUGACCGGGAGGAGCUCAACCACUGGAUCCGGCGCUAUAGUGAUGCCGAGGACAUGAAGAAGGGCCCCAUCUCUGCCACAUCCCGCCCACACAAUAGCUCCUCCAACUCCGAGGGUCCCCAGUUAGAAAGUCACCGGGAGUUUGUACCCCGGCCUCUAUCCGGUUAUAUGCCAGAAGAAAUCUGGAGAAAAGCUGAGGAAGCCGUGAACGAGGUAAAGCGCCAGGCGAUGUCCGAGCUGCAGAAGGCCGUGUCUGACGCAGAACGCAAAGCCCACGAACUCAUCACGACCGAGCGAGCGAAGAUGGAGCGAGCCCUGGCCGAGGCCAAGCGGCAGGCCUCCGAGGACGCCCUGACCGUCGUCAACCAGCAGGAAGACUCCAGCGAGAGCUGUUGGAACUGUGGGCGCAAAGCCAGCGAGACCUGCAGCGGCUGCAACACUGCCCGCUACUGCGGCUCCUUCUGCCAGCACAAGGACUGGGAGAAACACCACCACGUGUGUGGCCAGACACUCCAGGGCCUCCAGGCAGCCACGGGCACCACCCCGACCAAUGGGGUGGGCCCCGCCCAGCCGGACGUAGUAGCCGUGGCUGUGGCCACCAGCCCCAGCGAGACCAGUUCAGCAGCCGCCUCCCGCUCGGGCACCCCGGCCACCCCAGCCCCCCUGGAAACUGCCUCCCGCUAGCCCCAUCCAGGGAAAGGAAGAUACAACGGAAUCCGAGAACCUACAAAAGUCACUGCUGCUACUGCUUUUCUCCAAAAGAAAAAAAAAAACUGCAUUCAAUGCAACUUCCUCAGCUACCUGACGAUUUCAUUCGACCUCCAAACGACCUCUAUCUCUUCGAGUGAUCCUCACAGAUCUUCAAAACUGGGCUUUAAAAGUGAUUUCACAAAGAAAGUACAAACCUUCUUCUCCGUUAAUCUGUCUUUCUCUGUCUUGUCAGUUUCCCUCUUGUCUCUUUUUCUCUUGUCUCUUUCUCUC